AUGGGAACCAAAGUCAGCAAGAUCAGUUGCUCCUGCACCAUCAGCUGCCAUCCGCAUGGCGCCGUGCAUCAUCACCGCAAUGAAGUCGGCCCAUGCCCACGGUGUGGCCAUUUGAGCCCGCUCCGCCCGGCAGCCGAAUCUCGCGCCUCAGCUGCGAGCACCAGUACCGAGUAUCUGGCACGCCCGCGAUACUACUCCUCUCCGAGUCUCGACCUGACCUGUCCGGUGCCCCGCCAGCGGACCGCCCGCCGCCGCCGCCGCCCAACACCCGACGAGUACCCGGACAGCGACAACAGCUCUACCCCAACAGUCAGUGUCAACUCCCCGCCGCCAAGCCGCCCCCCAUCUGCCGGCGAGAGCACUGCGGUGCACUACGGCCGCCCCACCGCCAGGGCUGCAAGGCGUUCACCCCGCUCGCUCGACCAGGAUUCUCCUUCUGUCGCUGUCGGGGCCGUCGGCACCGGCCGAGGGUCGAGACUCGACCACAACGGACACGGACACGAAAACAGGAACGGAACCUGGAACGGAUAUGAGAACGACGGAAAUCUGAUGGACCCUGAGACUGGUGAGGAUGGCAGGUGGGCGGGAGACAACGAUGGCGAUCGGGACGCUACCGCCGGAUCGCCCGACUCACAUGACGCGCUUCCGCAGCCGCCAACGCCGUCCAACAUCUCGCGGUCCAGCACGGUCGUCUAG